CUGAAAUUAAUAAUUUCAAUUCUCAUUUGAUCUUUCGGCCCAAAAAAAAAAAAAUCUCAUUUGUUCUGUUCAUUUGUUGAUUGCCCGGUGGCCGUGAUUGAUUGGAAUUCCUCAGAAACGAUCUUAAAGGAAUAGUUGAGAACAAUGAGCACUGAUUUUGAGAACAAAGAGCAGGAAUUGACCCUUGCCACUCCACCAAACUUGAUACAGAAUGUUGCAAAGUCUAAAGAUCAAAGUGGUGAUCAUGAGACAAACAUACUAAAGAAAAAGAGUGUUGAAGGAAGUUCUGCAUCAAAAAAAGCUACAAUGAUUGCACCAGCAACUAGUUUGGACCCAACAAGCUCACUCCAAGGCUCCUUAGUUUCUUCUCUACCCAAAGCACUUCCACAAGGUAUUGAAAGGUCUCAAGGUUCUAUAUCCAAUAAUGCUAAGAAUGUUAAAGAGUCAAAAGAUCAAAGUGGUAAUCAUGAGAUUAACAUAACAAAGCAAAAGAGUGUUGAAAAAAGUUUUGCAUCAAGAAAUGCUAGAAUAGUUGUGCAAAAAUCUCAUUUAGACCCAACAAGAUCAAUCCAAAGCUCACAUCCCAAAGAACUUCCACGGCAAGAAAUCACAGUCAACCAAACUGAGAAAGAGAUAAAGACAAGUCCCAUAAUGAAUCUUCAAGUCUUUGAUGAUGAUGCUAAUAGGAAAUUAACAAAAGCAUCAAAGCCUGUUGUUGCUACCACCAAAGAUGCAUCUGUGGUGAAUGCCCUUGUAGAUUUGGAACUCUGUUUGAAGAUGCCUCUUAAGGACAUAGCAAACUCAGAGCCUAAUAGCCUUCGUCUCCUUACAGCUCUUAACUUUUUAUCUUGCCUUGAAGAUGGAGUCUUAUCUCUUAGACUUCAAGCUAUAAUACAGUCAUUGCUUCGAGAUUUUCCAAGCAUUCUAGAUUCCUUCAAGGUAGCCUUUGCUAUCAUCAAGUUUGUGGAUGAAGCUCAAGAAAAAGAAGUCAGGCUGAAGGAACAUAUCUCUAGGUUGGAGCAAGAGAUAAAAGAUGGUGAGGCUGAGUUGUCAUACUUUGGAAAGCAAAAGGAGAAAUGUGUUGAAGAAAUCAGAGAGUUCUAUAAAGCGCAUGAGAGUGUGAGGAAGCAAAAGUCUGAAAUUGUGAAAGAUAAAAGAAAAGUUCAACAACAAUUGCUUGAGGUUUAUCAAAUAUGGUCAAUCCUAUGUGGCCAAUUUCAGCAGAACCACAUUGAUAUGCAUGCCCACCAAAUAAUGCAAGCUGCUUUGAAAGAUAGUGGAGAAAUCAUUGAAACGGUUUAUAAUAAAGAAACUCAAGUUCAAGAAGCAUCAGAGAGAGAACGUCUUUCUUCAGAGGUUAGAAGUAACAAAUCUAUACCACCCAUUGCUUCACAAAACUUGACAAACGAUGUGAAAGGAAGGAGUGAUGGUUCUUCAUCUUUUCCUAAAGCAUUUUCAUUUAUCAAGUUUAAAGGAACUGAGAUGGACAUUGAUAAAGAUGUUGAAACAAGCCCCUUAGUAAAGGCCCUUGUGGAUUUGGAAGCUUGUUUGAAGAUGCCUCUUGAGGACAUAGCAAAUUUAAAUUCCAAUAGUCUUCACCUCCUUACUACUCUGAACUUCCUCUCUGGCCUUUCUUUUGAAGAUGGAGCUUUAUCCCAUGGACUUAAAGCUGCAAUACAAUCAUUGCACCAAGAUUCCCCAAGCAUUAUGUAUUCUUUCAAGCCAGCAUUUGCUAUGUUCAACAAAUUUUCCAAGCUUUCGAAUGAAGCUCAAGAUAAGAAAUCCAAGUUGAGGGAACAUAUAUCUAUGCUGCAGAGAGAGAUUCAAGAUUGUGAGGCUGAAUUAUCAUCUCUUGAAGAGAAAAUGAAUAAGUGUACUACAGAAAUCAUUGAGCUCGAGAAAGAGAGGGAGAAUGUACUUAGACAAAGGUCUAAAUAUUUCACUCUACCAUAUAGUGAUUGGAAGAUUGUUCAAGAGUUUAUAGAUGAAUUAGGAAAGAAGGAUGUUGAGUUCAAGGAACAAAUCUCUUGGUUGAAGAAAGAGAUGCAAUGUGAUGAGGCCAAGAUAUCAUCUCUUCAAAAGCAAAAAGAGAAAUGUGCUGUUGAAAUUAGGGAAUUCAAAAAAGAAUGUGAGAAUGUAAGGAAACAAAAGUCUGAAAUGGUGAAAGAUCAAAGGAAAUUUCAGCAACAAUUGUUUGGGGUUUAUCAUAAUUGGUCUAUUCGGUGUAGCCAAUUUCAGCAUAACUACAUUGACCUGGAUGCUCAUCAAAUAGUGCAAUCUAGAUUGGAAGAUAAUAGUGAGUACAAGAAAGGAUAUUGUAGAGAAACCACUGAAAAAAUUCAUAGUAAAGAAACUAAUGUCCAAGCAAUAUCAGAGAUUGGUCAUCUUUCUAUAGAGCUUAAAACUAACCAAUCUGUGCCACCAAUUACUUCACAAAACCUAACAAAGGAUGAUAGGGGAAGGAUUGAAAGUUUUACUUCUCUGCCUGAAGCAUCUUCAAAUAAUCAGAUCAAGUUCAAAGGAACUGAGAUGGACAUUGAUAAAGACACUAAAGCAAAUUCCAUAAUAGACCUUCAAGACAUUGAUGAUGAUCAAUCAGUGGCAAAGGCCUUUGUGGAUUUGGAAGCUUGUCUGAAGAUGCCUCUUAAGGACAUAGUAACUUCAGAUUCCAACAGUCUUUGCCUUCACAAUGCUCUCAACUUCUUGUUUCACCUUUCUUUCAAAGAUGCAAUCUUAUCCCAUGGAGUUAAAGAUGCAAUACAAUCACUGCAUAGUAAUUUCACUAGUAUAAUAUAUUUUUCCAAGCCAGCAUUUGCUACGUUAAACAAAUUUUCCAAGAUUUUGAAUGAAGCUCAAGAAAAGGAGACCAAGUUGAAGGAACAUAUCUCUGUGUUGGAUAGAGAGAUACUAGAUUGUGAAGCUGAAGUAUCAUCUCUUCAAGAGAAAAAGAAGAAUUGUGCUGCAGAGAUGAUUGAGCUCAAGAAAGAGUUUGAGAAUGUAAGAAAAGAAAAGUCUAAAAUGACAGAAGAUCAACAAAAAGUUCAGCAACAAUUGCUUCAAGCCAAUCAUAGGUGGUCAAUCUUAUAUAGCCAAUUUCAACUAAACAACAUUGCAGCUAGAAAUCCCUUGGUUCUUUUCCAUUGAUGUAUUUAAUGUAAUAACCAUGGCUGUGUAAGCCACAAGGCAAGUGAGGCAAUUGCCUCAAGCCUCCAAAAAACUUUCUUAAUGCCCCUAUUAUAUAUGUGUAAUUGAUAUUGAUGCUGUGAUAUAUUUAAU